AUGUCGUGUGGCAUCCUCGUUGAAAACGUGGAGCAUGCGUUGUUGCUGGUCUUUGCUUCCCGCACUGCCGCAGCGUCUACCUCACAGCCCUUUUAUCCGCAGGCCAUCGUCAUGGAUCCUUCUGCUCAAACUUCUUCAAUGGCCGACAGUUCCUCACACAGACUAGACUUGCGAGUUGGCGGCAAGUACAGACUUGGUAAAAAGAUCGGUUCAGGAUCUUUUGGUGAUAUUUAUCUCGGAAUCAACAUUAUUUCCGGUGAAGAGGUCGCCAUUAAGCUCGAGUCAGUCAAAGCAAAGCACCCUCAGCUCGAGUAUGAGUCCAAGGUCUACAAAACCCUGGCAGGUGGUGUCGGUGUACCGUUCGUUCGAUGGUUCGGUACAGAGUGCGACUACAACGCCAUGGUUUUGGACCUCCUAGGUCCCUCUCUCGAGGACCUUUUCAACUUUUGCAACCGCAAAUUCAGCCUCAAGACCGUCCUGCUUCUCGCAGACCAACUGAUCUCGCGAAUUGAAUAUAUUCACUCUCGCAACUUCAUCCAUCGCGAUAUCAAGCCGGACAACUUCCUCAUGGGUAUCGGCAAGCGCGGCAACCAGGUCAAUGUCAUCGACUUUGGUUUGGCGAAGAAGUUCCGUGACCCAAAGACCCACCUUCACAUCCCCUACCGCGAGAACAAGAACUUGACUGGUACCGCCCGUUAUACCUCCAUCAACACCCAUCUUGGAGUGGAACAGGCUCGCCGCGAUGACCUUGAAUCUCUUGCCUAUGUCCUCAUGUACUUCCUGCGUGGGGCGUUACCCUGGCAGGGUCUCAAAGCUGCAACAAAGAAGCAGAAGUACGACCGCAUCAUGGAGAAGAAGAUGACCACUCCCACGGACCUUCUGUGCCGUGGUUUCCCCAACGAGUUCGGUAUUUUCCUCAACUACACUCGUGCUCUUCGUUUCGACGACAAGCCCGACUACUCCUACCUGCGCAAGCUCUUCCGUGACCUUUUCGUUCGUGAAGGCUACCAGUACGACUACGUCUUCGAUUGGAGUGUUCAACGUGGAGCCCAGGAUGACGGUAGCUCUGGCCAGAACAAGUCGGCAACAGCUGGCCGUCGCAAGGUUGUACAAGAAGACGAAGACCACCGUGCUAGUGACAGAAUGCUUCGUUCUCACACUCGUCAGGCUCAACAAGGCACGCCUGGUGCCGUCGGCCAGCAACGUGGAACGCGUGGCCGUGAAGCCGAGCUCUGGUAG